AUGUGGAAGCAAAUCAUUGGUGCGCCAAACAUGGAUGCCCUUGUUAAGAAGCCUGAUGUUUUAUCAUUUUCUAUUGCCUGUAAAAUACCUGUAUCUGAAUCUACAAGGCAGGAGCUUUUGGAUAUUGAUGGGAUCUCAUAUAGAUUGCGUAGAGAAAUUGAACUACUAGAAAGCAUUGAUCUAAUUCAAUGUAAAAUUUGUCAGAUUAUAAUUGCAAAGCGGAGUGAUGUGCUGGUGAUGUCUAGUGAAGGUCCCGUUGGUGCAUAUGUAAAUUCAACUGGUUACGUGCAUGAGAUAACGACUUUGUUCAAAGCAAAAGGGUUAGCUCUUAAGGGCCCAGCAUUUACAAAAUACUGUUGGUUUCCAGGGUAUGCAUGGACAAUUGCUAACUGUGCCACCUGUGAAACCCAUAUGGGGUGGCUUUUUACAGCCACGAAGAGAAAUCUGAAACCUAAGUCAUUUUGGGGUAUACGUAACUGUCAAGUUGCAGAAGAAAUGCGCUAA